AUGAAUCAAGAUGUCAAUGUACCGGUCAUAAACUUCGAUCAUACAAAUACCCUCGAAACAAAGUAUGUCUAUUUUAAUGAGAACAGACACGGAUCCUCCCGAACGGUUAAUCGAGAAGAAACUCCGGUACAAGAUUGGAGAAUGAGAGAAAGGCUCAAGACAGUAUCAGGUGCCUUAGUCUUAUGCUUAAAUAUCGGCGUAGAUCCACCUGACAUUGUAAAGCCAAGCCCUUGCGCAAAGCUUGAGUGCUGGGUGGAUCCUUUCUCUGUUCCACCGACGAAAGCCUUAGACGCCAUUGGUAAAAAUCUUCAGGCCCAAUACGAACAACUCAGCAUUCGGACUCGAUACAAACAAUAUUUAGACCCUUCGGUUGAUGAGAUGAAAAAGUUUUGCACAAAUUUGAGAAAAAGUGCCAAGGAAGAACGCGUUUUGCUUCAUUAUAAUGGUCAUGGUGUUCCAAAACCAACUGCGAGCGGAGAGAUUUGGUGUUUUAACAAGCAUUUUACACAAUAUAUACCAGUGUCCUUAGGCGAUUUACAAUCCUGGCUCGGUUCUCCAUGUAUUUAUGUUUAUGAUUGUUCAGCUGCUGGCAAUAUUUUAGAGAGCUUCAAACGUUUUUCUGAACAACGAUAUUUGGAAAAUAACAGGCCAGAAUCUAGCACACCUUUAAAUAUUCAAUUAGCCGCAUGUGGUCCUAACGAAACUUUACCUAUGCAUCCUCAUUUACCAGCAGAUUUAUUCACAUCUUGUCUAACUUCUCCGAUCGAAAUUGCUUUAAGAUGGUUCGUUUUACAAAAUCCAUUACCAUCAUAUCUCACUGUUGACAUGGUAAUGAAACUUCCAGGGAGAUUACAAGAUCGUCGUACACCUUUAGGUGAAUUAAAUUGGAUUUUUACUGCAAUUACCGACACCAUAGCUUGGAAUGUUCUACCACGUGAUUUAUUCAAGCAAUUAUUUCGACAAGAUCUUAUGGUAGCUGCUCUUUUCAGAAAUUUUCUACUGGCGGAAAGGAUAAUGAGGCGUUAUCAAUGUAAGCCCAUGUCACAUCCAGAAUUACCACCAACUCACGAUCAUCCAAUGUGGGAUUCAUGGGACCUGGCUGUUGAUAUGUGUUUAGCACAAUUACCGUCAUUAUUAAGCGCUGAAAACGGUGGUACAGAAGUCGAAUAUAAACAUUCGACAUUUUUUGACGAACAAUUGACAGCGUUCCAAGUGUGGUUGUCGAAAGGAUCUGUGUCUCAAAAACCACCAGAACAAUUACCCAUUGUAUUGCAGGUGCUUCUCAGUCAGGUGCAUCGGUCUCGUGCGUUGGGGUUAUUAAGUAAAUAUUUAGAUUUAGGACCCCGUGCAGUUAGCUUAGCAUUAUCUAUAGGAAUAUUUCCUUACGUUCUUAAGUUAUUACAAAGUCCUGCUGCGGAUCUGAAACCACCAUUAGUAUUUAUAUGGGCCAGAAUAUUGGCAGUUGAUAGGUCAUGUCAACAAGACCUAUUAAAGGAACAUGGUUAUAAUUAUUUUGUGAAUAUACUCUCGCCAAAUAGCAUGCUUAACAUUCCGAAUGAAGCUGAACAUCGAGCAAUGUGUGCAUUCAUUUUGGCAAUCUUUUGCACUAAUUUUAACCAAGGGCAAGUUGCAUGUAAAAAAGCUUUAGUUUUACAGGCUUGUUUAGCACGAAUUGGAGAUGUUGAUGCCCUUUUACGGCAAUGGGCAUGUCUUUGUAUAGGCCAAUAUUGGACAAACUAUGCAGAUGCUAAGAGUGAGGGUAUCGAGAAUCAAGCCCACUUGAAACUUUUUGGGCUUUUGAACGAUCCUGUUCCUGAAGUUCGUGCAUCAGCACUCUACGCUCUAGGUACUUUUAUUGGUGACUUGGAACGUACAGAACAAAUAGUUAAUAUUGAACAUAACAUCGCCAUAAACGCCCUUGAUGCUAAUAACGAUGCUUCUCCUCUUGUCAGAAGAGAACUCGUUAUAGCACUCUCCUACAUAGUGAAUGCAUAUUCAGAACAAUUUAUACGUGUGGCUUAUGAAGAGUUGCAAGAUAUUCAUCGGCGCGUUGUUGCAACACGACAACGUCCUAGGGAAAGUCGACCUAGCUCCGUGUACACUUGCGUUUGGAAAGCACUACUUAAUCUUUCUGCAGACUCGGAUGCAGAAGUUGCACAACUUGCUGCAACAGUCGUUGAUGCUAUAAAUACUCAAUUAUUAGAAUCUUCACAUAUUGAAAACGUCACGGUUGCAUUGCGGCAGGUACUCCAAGAACAAGGUACACAAGAUACAGAAACUUUUAGGGCAUCAUUAAAUAAGCAACCAUCAUACGAUGAUGUGCUACCAUUAAAAUCGAAAUUCUUUGAUUGGAGUUGCGAAUAUUUCCGAGAGCCACAAAUGAAGCCCGCUGAAUCCGAGCAAUCGGGUAGCGUCGACGAUAAUGUGCGAUCAUGGCGUCGCAAAAGAAAUGAAAAUAUAAUUAAAUCUACACAACCACUUAAGGAAGUUGCUGGUUCUAGCCGAUGGAAUAAACAGAUUGCUAUAUUUAAUAAUGAAUCUGAGCCAUCAAAAUUGUUAUUUCAUCAAUUUGAACCUCAUCUUGUUCACUACCGUAUGCAUUCUUUUUCAAACGGAAACCCAAUGGGAAGUAAGAUUACAACAUUAAAAUUCGUAAAUGAAGACGAAAUAUCAAUGUUACUCACUGGCUCAAGUGAUGGUAUCGUUCGUGUGUAUCGUAACUAUGAUUCACCAAUGUCGUCAGAAAUAGUGACGUCAUGGCGUGCAAUGCCUGAAAUAUUACCGAACAGCCAAAGAAGUGGUCUUAUUGCUGAAUGGCAACAAUCUCGAGGGACUUUAUUAGUAGGUGGCGAUGUUCGAGUAAUCAGAGUAUGGGAUGCACUGCGUGAAAUCACAGUUAGCGUCAUACCUGCUCGGUCAGGAAGUUCCAUCACCAGUCUUACCAGUGAUGGUGAUUUUUUUGUAGCUGGUUUUGCAGAUGGAGCAAUUCGUGUAUUUGACAUACGUAUCCAACCUAUAGAUGCGAUGAUAUUAUCUAAUAAAGAACAUAAAAAUUCUAUAACGAAUGUCGUGUGGCAGAAAGGCGCAGGACGUGAGCUAGUAUCCGGGAGUAAAUCUGGAGAGAUAAAAAUAUGGGAUAUUCGACAUAAUCGUUCAAAACGUACUAUAUGUAAUGAACCGAACUCUUGUGAAAUGAAUGCAAUGGAUGUUCACCAAUAUGCAGAUGUUGUAGCAAGCGUAUAUUCGAAUCAAUUAAUCAAAGUCUGGAACACAUCAGGAAUAAAUCUAUCUUCGACCCGUUACAACACUGGAUUCCUUGGGUGGGGUGCACAAGUUACAUCCUUAGCACUCGCAGGUCACCAUAUGGUGAUGGCAGUUGGUGCUACAGAUAAUUAUUUAUCACUAUACGGCAGAGAUGUUACAUUAUAA